UUGCUUUUUUCUUGUUUGCUUGACUUGAUAAGCAAUAACCCCAUUUCAAUUGAACCUAUAUAAAGAAAAGCAGCCAUUGGACGACUAGAGGCUAAUCGCUUCAUUAAGAUCAUAGCCAGGGAAACCAAACAAUAUGGAUAAAACAAUAACGUGCUUGCUUCUUGUGUUUAGUGUGCUCAAAUUAGCACUUAGCGCCCGACUGGCAGUAUCAGGCAACCAUUUCACCUUCAAUGGUCAAAGGGUGUUUCUUUCCGGUGGCAACUUGCCCUGGAUCCAGUAUGCCCAUGACUUUGGUGACCAUCAGUGGGCAAGUCGCAAAAGUGCGGUCAACAGUCAAUUAGCAGCACUGAAGGCAGCGGGAGGUAACUCUCUGAGACUAUGGAUUCACAUUCAAGGAGAAACGACCCCAGCCUUUGACGGCAACGGUUACGUCACAGCGCCUGACCAUCAAGGAACACUUAUUAAUGACUUUAAAGAUAUGUUGAACUUAGCACAGAGCCAUGACAUCCUUGUGUUCCCCACCUUAUGGAACGCCGCUGUGAACCAAGAUAACAGCCACAGACUCGACGGUCUAAUCGUCGAUGAAAGAAAGCUGCAGAGCUACAUUGAUAAAGUGUUGACGCCCCUGGCUACUGCUGUCAAAGGUCACCCUGCUCUGGGCGCCUGGGACAUCAUGAAUGAGCCAGAAGGCAUGAUCAACCCUGAUAUCGGUAACUCUGAUCGCUGUUAUGACGCGACUGCUCUGAAAAACAGUGGAGCUGGCUGGGCUGCCAAGAAAUAUGGUUACCAUGACAUCAUCAGAUUCGUCAACUGGCAGGCUGCAGCUAUUAAGCACGUCGACCCCGGAUUUCUAGUCACUGUUGGCGCCUGGAACCCUAAAUCCAACACUGACCGUUUCGGCUUUGUCGACCAUUACUCAGAUGCCUGUCUGCUCAAGGGAGGUAAACCAAACGGUAAACUAGAUUUCUACCAAGUCCAUUCGUACUCUUACCAAGGGAACUUUGACAACGUCUCCCCUUUUAAGCAUUCUGCUGGAGAUUUCGGAACCGGAAAGCCAAUUGUAGUCGGUGAAUUCUGGGAACAAGAUGGUGGAGGCAUGAACAUUAACCAGCUAUUUGAAUACGUCUACAAUCACGGCUACGCUGGAGCCUGGAGCUGGGACCUUCAGGCUCACGGAGCCAACCAAAGAGGUGGAAUCAGUCACAUUAAGGGCUUAACUUCUAAUGGUGUAAUACCCAUCAAUGUGUAAAGAUUUAAAGACAUUUUUUUACUUCAUUUA